AUGGGUAUCAACAUGGAUCACAAAGAUGAAGAAAAAGAAGACUCAGUUAAUCAAAAAGAUUCCGAAGUAAUAUAUACAUCAUCAAGUAAUGAAUCAUCAGAUAAUGAUAAUCCAAUAGAAUUAAGUCUUUCACAUUAUGAAAAUAACUAUCAACCAAGAAGACAUAGAGGAAGUAGUUUUGCAUCCAUUAGUAAAAAAUCACUUGAAUCAAUAAGAAAAUGUAUAACAGGUGAAAUUCAACAACAACAAGAUCAUCAAUCAGAUCAAGAUCCUAAUCAUUAUUCUAUACAUCAAAUUUACGGAGAUUUAAAUAGCGAUGAAAUUAAUUUACAAAGAACUGCAACUAGAAAAACAAUUUUAAGUGAAAUUGAACAAAAUAUAAAGGAUGAAGUUGAAGAUUCUACAAAAAAUUGGACUUCAAGUGAUGACGAAGAAAAGAAGAUAGAUUCAUCAGAUUUCAAUUUCGAAUCAACUCCAGCCAUAGAAGAUCAAAUACUACCAAUAAAACAACAUGGGGAAGAAUUUAACAAAAUUGAUCCAGAAUUAAUAACUUGGAAUGGCACUAAGGAUCCAGAAGAUCCACGUAAUUGGUCAAUUCAUUUGAAAAUUAUUUUGUUAGGAUUUGUUUCAUUAUAUGCAUUAGUUGCACCAUUAAGUUCAUCGAUUUUAUCACCUGCAAUGAAUGAAAUUGCAACAGACUUUAACAUUCAUUCACAAGUUAUUCAAGCAAUGGUAGUAUCUAUUCAAAUCUUAGCUUGGGCUUUUGGUCCUUUAAUCAUUGCACCAUUAUCUGAGUACGAUAUCUUUGGUAGAAAAAUUAUACUAGAUAUAUCAUGUUGGAUGUCUUUUUUUUUCAAUUUAGGUUGUGCUUUUUCCAAAACAACUUAUCAAAUGAUGAUAUUUAGAUUUAUUGGAGGUUUAUUUGGUUGUGUUCCUAUGAAUGUUUGUGCUGGUGUUAUAUCAGACUUAUUUGAUUCACAAUCAAGAAAUGCAGCGUUAGCUGGCUAUUCAUUAGUACCUUUACUAGGACCAGUUAUAUCACCUUUAAUUGCUGGAUUCAUCGUUGAUCACAUGAAUUGGAGAUGGUGUUUUUAUGUUUUAUGCAUGUUCAAUGGAUUCGUUGCCGUUAUUGCAACAUUAUUUUUUAAGGAAACUUAUUCGCCCACUUUGUUAAGAAGAAAAUGUAAUAAAUUAAAAAAAAUAACUCAUAAUGAAAACUUGCACACUAUUUAUGAUAUAACGAACGGAGGAGAAACAACUUGGGGUAGAUUAUGGUUAUGUAUGUCAAGACCUGUUUCAUUAUUAUUAACCCAUCCCAUGAUUAUUGGAUUAGGUUCAUUUAUGGCUUUUACAUAUGGAUUUAUGUAUUUAAUGAUUGUCACCUUUCCCAUGAUAUUUGAACAACAAUAUGGUUAUAGUAAAAGUAUUACUGGAUUAAUGUAUUUGCCAAUGGGUUGUGGGUUUGUUAUUGGAGUUUUAUUUUGGACUUAUAUGGUUGGUAAAGUUUAUACUAAUUUAACUUUGAAAAAUAAUGGAAUAGCAAAACCAGAAUUUAGAUUGCCUUGUUUAAUUGCAUGUUCAGUUUUCAUCCCAAUAGGUUUAAUUUGGUUUGGUUGGUCAGCACAAUAUCAAUUACAUUGGAUCAUGCCUGGUAUUGGAUCAGCGAUUUUUGCAUUUGGACUAGUAUGUGUUUUUCAAACCAUUCAGAAUUAUUUGAUUGAUAUGAAUGUAAGAUUCGCCGCAAGCUCAGUAGCAGCAGCAGCAUUAUUUAGAAGUUUGUUUGGAUUCACUUUUCCUUUGUUUGCCAAAAAGAUGUAUGUAGCUCUAGGUUAUGGUUGGGCAAAUACAAUGAUGGCAUUUAUUGGUAUAUUAUUAGGAGUUCCAUUCCCUAUAUUUUGUUACUUAUAUGGUGAAAGAUUAAGAAAUUGGUAUAAUAAAAAAUUUGAAAUUAAACAACAAAGAAGAGAUCAAAAAAAUUUAGAAAGAUUAAAAAGACAAACCAAAAAUAAAGAAAUGGUUAAAAAAUAG